AUGCUACAGCUCUGGAACAACAUGAACAUUCUAAGCAACUUGACAUCUCCAUUUCCAACCUUUUUGCUGACUGGCAUUCCUGGUCUAGAGUCUGUCCAGACCUGGUUCUCCAUCCCAUUCUGUUUUCUCUACGCCAUUGCCCUCUUGGGGAACAGCAUGAUCCUGUUUGUCAUCAUCACCCAGAAGAGUCUCCAUGAGCCCAUGUACUAUUUCCUCUCCAUGCUUUCAGCUACAGACCUGGGCUUGACAGUUUCUACGAUGUCAACAACAUUAUCUGUUCUGUGGUUUAAUGCAAGCAAAAUAGGUUUAGAUAGUUGCAUUAUCCAGAUGUUUUUCCUUCAUGGAUUGAACUCCAUGGAAUCUGGUGUGCUUUUGGUUAUGGCCUUUGACCGUUAUGUGGCAAUUUGUAACCCUCUGAGGUACACCACCAUCCUCACUAAUUUCAAAAUCAUUCAGAUGGGCCUAUUGGUGGUCAUUCGAACUGUAGUUUUAGUAGCACCAGUACUCUUGUUAGUUAAGCAUCUCACUUUCUGUAGAGCUAAAACCCUUUCUCACUCCUACUGUUACCAUCCAGAUGUGAUUAAGUUAGCAUGUUCAGAUACUAGGGUCAAUAGCAUCUGUGGAUUAAUUGGGCUAAUCCUGACCACAGGAAUGGAUACACCAUGCAUUAUUUUGUCUUACAUCAUGAUUAUUCGCUCAGUUUUAGGCAUUGCCUCUCCUGAAGAGCGACACAAAAUCUUUAGCACUUGUGUUUCCCACCUUGGAGCAGUUGCCAUUUUCUACAUCCCCCUGGUGAGCCUAUCCUUGGUGCAUCGCUAUGGUCAGUCAGCUCCUAGAGUGGUCCACUCAAUGAUGGCCAAUAUAUUUCUGCUUCUGCCCCCUGUGCUCAACCCUAUCAUCUACAGUGUCAAAACCAAACAAAUACGCAAGGCUAUACUCAAUCUGCUUCAGACAAAAUACUCUAACCUCUAA